UGAAACCCACCCGUAUAGUACGAAAAUUCGAUACUUUUACAGAGUUAUUUCAUCCAAUUUGUCUAUUUAGAUAUUUCAUACUUCGUAAAGUUCCAACACUUCGGAAAUUCUCCUGUGCCAUGAUUGUAUUGGUUUCAUUAUUCAUUUGCCUCAUUCCCAAGAUAUUUACUUCUAUUGACCCUGAUGCAGGCGAUUCAGGUGGAGCUAGCGGGCUUGCAGGCAUCCUGUGGCCACUGUGUUUCAUGUUUGGUUUUGUAAGUAAGCUUAAGUAAAACAUUUUUGAAGUAUUCUUUUUGUUAGUUUUGAUUAAUUUAAAUGAGUGAUAGUCCUGAGUAUCAAUUUGAAUUUAAAACAAGGCGUAUCCCACACACCCAAAAACCUCACAUCUUGUCAACAAUGCAAUAAACAAGAUGUGAUUACAACAGGCUUGUAGUAAGCUCGUCAACAAGUAAUAUUCAAUCAACUCUCAUGUAACUCUUGUUCUCGUUAACAUUUGAUUUGACCAAGGCUUUAGUUUGUAACUUAAGUUUAGAUUGUCACUCGCAACUUGCUAGCAAAUUGUUAAAUUUCAGGGGACGUCAGUUGUACGAAGGCUGGAUAGCGUUAUUCAUCGGAAAGUAAUUUUUCCAACCGUUGUAAAAAUGCUUAAAAAGGUAUAAAAUUACGGAUAUGAUCCUACAAUUAAUAAAAGGAAACUUCAAUUUACAAAUACUAAAGUUUAAUCUGGGUUAUACCGAAUCAACGGGGCGUUUUAGGAAGCUUGAAAAAUCACUAUUCGCUUGAUGGGUUAUACCGGCCUUCGUACAACCGUCUCCAGGACGAUAGCAAGUUGUUGGAACAACCGAAGUCCGUCGAGAUAUGAUGGUCUUGAUGCCUGGCGAGCUUCAAAGCUACAAAAUAGACUAGGCCUUUAUUUGAUAUUGGACUUUAUCUCACCGUGCGCAAAUCUUUGUCUCAACUUCAUUAAAUAUUAUUCAUCGUGGUUGCACGUUUCUUCUCAGCUACACCUAUUGGACAAUUAUUUAAUUAUACGAAAAAACAAUAGCUCAAAUCACAACCCUGUUCCCAGGGUCGUCUUGCGUGACCGUGCACAAAUUAACAUGAACUCCGACAAAAUUAAAACAUAACAUGCACAACGACUUCUGUUUAGUUCCUGACCAUCAUUUCUUGACAGACUAUGAAACAACUUGUAACAAGUCUGUUGAGUCAACAACUCUUCUCCGAAAGAAAUUGCUUUUACCUUUAGGAAAAAGAAAUUGUAUUUAAAAUUAUAUACUGUACAGUAUAUUAAUUUUAUUCUACUUUCUAAACUUGCCUUUCUAGAGAUCGAGUUGUUUUUUUUAUAUACAGUAUUCAAUAGACGAGCACUUUAACCGCUUGCUGAAAUAUAACAUUUCUUUUGUUUCAGCUUCCAGCGGCCAUAAUGAAUGUUAUUGAAGAACGAGGAUUGAAAAUGGAACUAACGGCUGCGAAAAGUCGUGUGAACUUGGUGUUCUUUCUGUUCUGGACGUCAGUAUAUCAACUGCUUGUCGCCUUGUGUCUUUUCUGGGCUGACAUCGUACCUGCAUAUGGAUAUGCUGAUAAUAUACACCAUUUCUGGGAUAAGUAUGUUUCAAUUUUAUAGAUUACCGAAGGAGCGCUCAUGAAACCAAAGUCUUUUGAUCGGAAGAUCGUUUGGUGGUCUUAAAUCAAAGGAACUUAUUAAAAGUUCCUUGUAUCGCCAGGCAGUUCGACUAUGCCUAAUUUGCCAGCAAUUUAGCCCCCACCACGUCAUACAAACUGACCAAAACUAAUUAUGAAGCUUCUUUUUCAGAAUUUUUUGUUGUCCAAAUUCUUCAAUUCAGUGCCAGAAAGUGCAAGAAAUGGCAUUUCCGAGCCUCAAUUUUUCAAAUUAUUUCGGGGGAAACAUGUCCCCCGUCACUCUAGUUUUAAGCCCUCCUAACUUUCAGUAUCUUUGUACACGUUACUGCUAGCCAUGACAGUUCAAUCAUGUUUUGCCUGUUGUGUUUGUAUGUACAGUAUAUAACUGAAAACUACUGUACCCAACGUAGCUGCAAAUUAGCCCGUUAUCCAGAAAACACGCAAGCAAGCAAAGCGACUUGACAAUGGACCAUUUGCAUUAUAGACUAAAUUUUGAUUUAGAUAAAAAUUUUAUCCCAGCUUGAAAGAGCAUCACAAAAUUAGUAAUAUUCCAUAGUUUCGUUGCGAGAUGUUGUAAAAUGCGGAUAAUAUAGCGAUGCGAAGUUUGUCGUGUUUCAGUCAUUUUGUAUUACGCACGGAAAAUUGACAGCCCAAUCGGCAUCGAUUUCCCGUUUGUAAUACAAAAUGACUGAAAAUUGCAAAUUUCGCAAGCCUAUAUAUUAUCCGCAUUUUACAACAUUUCGCAACGAAACUUUGGAAUAUUACUAAUUUUGUGAUGCUCUUUCAAGCUGUGAUGAAAUAUUUGUCUAGAUCAAAAUUUAGUCUAUAAUGCAAAUGGUCCAUUGUUGACCGUACUAACGUACUUGUCAACUUUUUCAAAGAAACAUGUCAAGGAAACUUUCACAUCGAUAUUGAAUUUCGUUCAAACGAAAGUACUAGUAAACUCACAACUUUUCUUUAUUGUUCUCGAGGUAUUGCGGCUUAUUGGGUAUAUGUAAAUGAAUAAAGCCCGGAGUUGAAAUGAGGAUGAAAGUGCAUGAGAGUUGGCAUGCAGUCACUCGACCUUGGUCAACUGUUCCUAAUGCUUUCCUAGCACUAUCAUGCAUUAUAUUUAAGUUAAAAACGUAAACACCGCACAAAAAGAAAGUCCCCCCCUAAAUAUACCAUCAUAGUUCUUAAUAAAUGAUUACCUGAUAAUCAAACCUAGCAUUAAUUAGACCUAUGGUGGUUUGUUUGAUGCUGUUUGAAGAAUGGGGCCAUUCGUGCUUUAAAGAAUAAUUUAGCCUCCAUUGAAUACAAAAAUACCCAAUUUCAAAAUUAACAAGAAUCACUUUAUUUAAAUUUCACAACAGCAGUAAAUUGUUUCAUCAAUGAUUUAAUAAUGGGUGUAACCACCACACUUCUCAAUAACUUCAAGGCAUCAUCUUCUCAGAAAGAGAAUGAUGUGAUCAUGGGAACUCGCGAGAUCUCAACCCAGUUGAGAUUUUUUGGGACCAGCAAAAGCGAUCUGUCUAUCAUCGGUUCGAAGAAUACAGCACUGCAUGUAGCUGCUUGGCUCAAAUUGUUGCAGGAGGAAUGGGUGGCUAUAUCUCAACGGCGGGUGAGCAGACGAUGCCUUGAGGUGACCGAGAAGCGUGGUGGUUACACCCAUUAUUAAAUCAUUGAUGAAACAUUGUUACUGUCGUUGUGAAAUUUAAAUAACGUCAUUCUUGUUAAUUUUGGAAUUGAGUAUUUUUGUAUUCAAUUAGUAAGGCUAAGUCAUUCUUUAAAGCGUGAAUGACCGGCUUCACACAGCACAAAGCAAACUACCAUAGGUCCAUAGAUAUCUUAUAUACACUAGAUAGUGCAUCUAAUUAUUCUGCAAUUCAAAAAUUGAAGCCAUGAUUGCAGUCUCAGGUCGUUCCCAUGAAAUGAGAAGAUUCGUAUGUUUUCUAUUUCUUAAACAGGGAACUUAAACAUUAAGUUAACCCUAUUCCAAAUACGUUUUUAAACUAUUCAAAUGAUGAAAGUUAUUGUUGUUUUUAAGCGUUUAUUAGCAAGUGGAACGACCAACAUGGCCGCCAUCUAUUCAAAUGGGGGUAACCGCUGGAAUAUUCUUGGCUUCAAUUUUGCUAAAAGAGAUGUGCUAUCUAGUGUAUAUAAGAUAUCUAUGCAUAGGUCCAAUUAGUUCUAGGUUUGAUUAUUAGAUAAUCAUUUAUUUAGAAUUUAUAUUUAGGAUAUAUAUUAUUAUUAUUAUAUCUCGUUUAUUUCGCUUCUUGUAAUUACAGGAUUAAAUUGUAAGCGAUUUACAAGUUUAUAUUAACAAUAAAAUAUUUACAAAGCAAUAAAAUUAUAUAAAUAUACUAUAUAAGAAACAAAUAUUAUAAAAUAGAAAUUUUGUUACUAUUUAUAUCUAUAUGUUAAAAAUUUUUUACAUCUAUCAGUCCGGAUCUUUCUUACACCUAUUUGGUUCUGAUUUCCUGAUCUUAAGUUAUAACCGUGUGUAUUCGUAUAGUAUGUUUUUGUUAAAUGAUGUAGAGUAUGGGACGGAUCUUUAAGUUUAUUUAUAUACUUCUUACAUAAGUCUACUCUCCUGUCUUUAAGACUUUCCAAUUUAGAGAUCUUUAAUGCUUCGCCAUAGUCACAACCAGGAUAUGUAAUCCAGAGAGCUCUUUUCUGUACCCUUUCCAACUUGUCACUUAGAUACUGUGGGAAGUCAAACCAGGCUUCAACAGCAUAUUCUAGAAUAGGUCGAAUCAUCGACUUAUACACUAGAACAAGUUCCCUUUCCUGCAAUCCAGCCUUCUUUAGUACUCUUAAUGCAUACAACCUUUUACACGCCUUUUUUGUUUUGUCGUCAACCUGCGUAUUCCAUUUAAGAUUACUUCCGAGCAUAACACCUUACAAUUUGUACGCAUCAACGGAUUCUAUUUGGGUACCGUUAACGACUAAAUCCCUACUUAAUAUAUUCGGGUUUGUCAUAAAAUUUACAAACAUCUCCUUGCAUUUCUUGGGGUUCAACUUCAUUUUAUGGUCCAUGCAAUACUGUUGAAUUUCUCUUGCUACCAAAUCCAUCACACUUAUUGAGUUCCGCGGGAUUGUUUCUACUACGACUAAAUCGUCAACAAACUUUGCUCUUCCUGGCCAAUUUUUAACUAAGUCGUUAACCAUUAUUACAAAUAAUAACGGGCCUAACUUUGUGCCUUCCGGUAUUCCUCCUUUAGGAUAUUUCCACUCAGAAAGGACUCCAUCUACCCUUACUCGUUGUUUACGGUUUGUUAGAAAGGCUGCAAUCCACCGUAUUAGGACAUCGCUUACUCCGAGUUUUGCAAGUUUGGCGAGCAGAAUGUCAUGGUCAAUUAAAUCAAAGCCUUUUGUAAAGUCAGUAAAGAAAAUCCUAACAGCUGUAUCUCCACUAUCUAAUGCAGUAUGAAUAUUGUGUAGAAUACUCACUAGGGCGUCCUUAGUUGAUUUUCCUUUGUUUGCAAAUUGUUUAGUAUCGAUAUGGUGUUCAACUUCGGGCAUUAAUCUAUCUAAGGUUAGACUUUCAAAAACUUUACUUAUCUGACAUGUAAUGCUAAUGGGUCUAAGAUCUUCUUCGAUUGUUUUUGGCGGUAGUAUCUUGGGAAUUGGAACAAUAGUUGACGCUUUUAACAAGUCAGGAACAUAGGCUUGAGUUAACGUGGUGUUGUAAAUAUCUGCGAGAACGACGCUAAGCUCUUGGGAAAACUCUUUUAGGAUUCUGUUAUUAAGCUUAUCAGGGCCAACAGCCUUCCUACCGUUUACCGCAUUCAGCUUUGUUUGUACUUGGUGGGGUGUGGCUUUUAAAUUUGGUGGCACGAAUAGUUCCCGGACAUCUAGAGGCUGAACUAAAGGCUGGAAAUCUCUAGUCAGUUCCGAAAAGAAAGUGUUUAUUUCAUUCGCUAAUUCCAAGGGAGUUGUAUGUCCGGUUUGCCCCAUUAAGUACUGACUCCAUGGAGGGGAGGCUACUUCACAAGUUAACUUCUUAAUUGUUUUCCACCAUUUACUUAUGUUUGAUCCGAUAAAAUCGUUCAUCUGAUUUGCAUAAAAGUCUCUUCUGCAUGUUUUCGUUUUCGCCCUAAUUUUAUUUCGCCAUUUCUUAUACUAGCUAGAGAGUUUUCCAUACUGACAAAAGGCCUUUUGUCUUUUCUUAAUCCAUUUCUUAAUUUGAUUUGUUAUCCAUGGCUUAUCGCUUUUGUUCACUUUAGAUCUUUUUAAAGGCAGAAACAAAUCUAUAGCGCUAUUCAUUUUCUGCAUGAAAUUAUCAUAUUUACUUUGGCAAUCAGACUCGUUUAAGGUAUCUUGCCACGACUCUCUUACCAACCAAGAGCCAAAAGCUUUCCAAUUGCUUUCUCGAAGAUCUCUUCUAUACACUUUAAAUCAUUGGGUGUUAUCAAUUUUCCGCCCUGGAUGCUGUUUGGGAGUUAUCAGUACGGUGUAGUGGUCACUAUUUCCAAUUUUGGGCAAUUGAAUUGGUGUAUCAUAUAAUUCCGACUUAUUUGUAAAAAUCAAAUCCAAAAUGCCAGAAUCCCGUGUACGGAAAGUCACUCGCUGUUUUAAAGAGCAUGCACGUGUAACUUCGGCUGGCCGAAAUCCAGUAGAAGUAGGGUUAAAGUCACCAGUUAUUAUAACUAAUCCAGAAGGGUGUUUACCAAGAAAGGUAUCCACAUUUAGUUGGAUAUGUUCGUACAGUAAUGAAUUUUGAUCUUGAUCAGCCCAAGUUGGGUGAUAAAUACAUGCUACAAGGAUAGUACUACCAGUUCUAAUUGCUCGCACGGGUGUUAUUUGAAUCCAUACACUUUCUAUCUCCUUCGCUACUUCAUUUUCCUGAAAUAUUCUCCUCCACGGCAUGUCCUCUUUAACAUAUACACAAACUCCACCGCCGUGAUCUCUCACCGUGCUCGUUCUGUCUCUCCUUAUUACAAAAUACCCUGGUAUACUUACAUACGAAUCUGAAAUUUCAUCGUCCAGCCACGUCUCAGUCAGGCACACAACACUUACAUUGUUUAUACGAGAAACAACUCCUACUUCAUCGACUUUACUAUGCAACGAUCUAACAUUGGCAAGCAAUACCGAAGGCAAGUUAGCUUCCUUCCUCGUUGAGAUGAAUUUAUAGUACUGAGGUCUAACAGGAAGAGCUUUAUCUCGAUUAAACCCGCCAUAAGUUCGAUCGGUAAUACGAACUGGAAUACUUCGAUAUUCUGAUUCUUGAGUGUUUCUCUGUUGAUAAAGUUAACAUACUUUCUUCUUACCAGCUCGCCUUCCACGUCGCGUUGGCUUUUGAACUUUCCUAGUGCAUUUAGAUUCCUUCCCGAUAUGAAACUCCUCAAGUGUCGUUUUAACUUCAUACUCAAUGUCAUAUUUAGUCUUAGAGUAAGACAGUAAGACGGAUCUGGACCAUUUCAUACAACUUUAAACUAUCAUACGAUACUAAUAUUAUUACUAGAAAAUACAUGCAUGCAGAAACCCUCGCCUUGCUGACAAAACUAUUGUAUGUUCCGAACACAAAGUUCUAAAAUAGUUGUCAUGGCAACACGAUAAUUUUUUAAGAAUAUUCUUACAAAUGAAAAAUCGCCUAAAAAUAUCACUUUUAAUUACAAAAUCAUUAAUUUCCCAACAUAUAUAUCUUAGGUAUGUUAUUAUACGUAAUAUAAGCCUCAAUUUAAGGUAAAAUUCAACCACAAACGCUUCGCAAAACGUUUUAAAGUGCUCUUUAACUUAACUACCUUUAAUUAUUAAAAUGGUUUAUCGAUAAACUUUGAGUUUGCAAAAAAAUGAUUUCAAAUUCUCGCUUGCAAAUAACUUUGCUUAAUAUAAUACAAAAGGGAAUCAAUAUUAAAGAUACACUGAAAUUAUAUUCUGUCUUGUUUAGUUGUUUCAUAUACAGUAUGCAAAGGCCGUCGGGUUUUAAAGCCAUUAUAAAAUCAAUAUUUAAAACAAACUUAACUUCGGCUCCCUUCUUUUAGCCGAUUCUUUCGCAGUUUCUUUCUCCGAGAGCUUUUGAAAUUUACAAAAUAUUGCAAAAAUGCGAGUAAAAAUGAAAUAUAUUCGCAAGAAAUUUAUCAAUCAUGAAUCAUCAAAUCAAGAAAUGUUUGCUAUUUCGCUGACGUGAUGCAGUCGUUUAUGCAAACUUUAAAUUGGACCAAUCAGUGUCCGCUAUUCAUGACAGUCCGCCAUAUUUUUGAGGUCAGUGAGGAUGACAACCCAUCGUUGGUGACCCACGCCCGCGAUAUUUGAUGAACUUUAGACUCCGCUAAUGCUUUCGUUUCCCCGGGUGUAAAUAGCCGGGGGGGAAUUAGUACCCUCGCACGGUGCUUCGCGCCGCCGGCUCGGGGAAAACUCGAGAGCGAUAAAAGGUGCAGCCACACACAGCGCACGCGAGUUAAGCCCCAACCACACCCUUUCGAGUUAAGUCCUGACCACGCCCAGAACACGCCCAUGUCACACCCAUUUCUGUUGAGGGCUUAACUCGAAGUACAUAACUGGAGUUUAGGUACUUCGAGUUAAGCCCUCUAGAAAAUAGAGGCUUAACUCGAGAAAAGUCAAACAUUUUGUUUGAGUUAAGCCCCAACGUUUGAAAGAUGUAAACGAGAGUUACGGUUAAUCUGAUCCCAAACAAAUUAAAUUGUCAUUUGGAUUGCGUUUCGUUCCAUCAUGGUUCGUUUUAUUUCAGCCGACAUAUUAUAUAUAUUAGGGACUUUAAGAUUGACGUUUAUGGCAAACCGCUAACCGCAAACGGCAAACGUAAUUUGAAGUUAACUGUUAGCUGUUCAAAGGUAGAACAACUUGUGCAUAAAAAUUGGACUAUGAUUUAGCUAGUUUUAGCUAAUAAAGGAAUAAAGGUCGAAUCAAAUUGUAUACAGGUGUCCCAAAAAACACCGGACUCUGUUUGAUUUCAUGUAACAUAAAAGCUAUAAAAGCUAUCGCAGAUUCGCAAUGAAAUAAAGAUCAUUGCAUUCAUAAUGGACUAACUUAGUUUUUCAUUAGCAAUUAAUCACGAACGUGUCAUUUUAAAAAUUUAUAAGACGUUUAUGAUAAUUAUGCAUACGCAGGAAUUUUAUUGCAGUUCAAUUCAUCAACUUAAGUCCUAAAAAGUAAAGGGAGUUAAUUUUCAAUAGUUUUAGACCCAAUUCUGGUGGAAAUAUGCACUUUCUGUGGAAAUAUGCACUUUCACAUUAUAUGGUUCUUACAACUAUUCAAGUCUUCAUUAUAUGGAACGAUUUCAUUAGACUGCACACAUUUCAAAACGGAAAGCGGUCGCAAAAUGUCGAUCGCCCCACAAAAUGCAAAUCUACCUUAAACACCGGGUGUCCCUCAAAAAAACUGGACACUAUUUGAUUUCAUGUAACGUAAAAGCUAUAAAAGCGAUAAUGCAUUCGGUUUUGAUUAUAUAGCAAUUGAAUGCAAGAUUGACUGUGCUAUUGAUGUUUGAACGUUGAACUACUGUUUUUGAAAAUGAAAAAAAUUACCAUAAAACAACACUUAUAAUUAUAAUUACUGAUGUAGUAAAUAAUAAUUAUUGUUAUAAUUGUUAAUUUUUAUGCACAAGUUGUUCUAACUUAAAACAGCUAACAGUUAACUUCAAAUUACGAUUCGAAGUUUGUGGUUAGCAGUUUGCCGUAAGCGUCAAUCUUAAAGUCCCUAAUAUAUAUAUUACGUCGGCUGAAAUAAAACGUAUUGAACCGUGAUUGAACGAAACGCGAUCCAAACUGAUAAUUUAAUUUGUUUGGGAUCAGAUUAACUGUAACUCGUUUACAUCUUUCAAACGUUCGGGCUUAACUCGAAGAACAAAAUGUUUUCCUUUGCUCGAGUUAAGCCCCUAUUUUCUAGAGGGCUUAAUUCGAAGUACCUAACUUCGAGUUAAGCUCUCAACGGAAAUGGGUGUGGCAUGGGCGUGGUAUGUGCGUGGUCGGGGCUUAACUCGAAAGGGCGUGGUCGGGGCUUAACUCAAAGAUUUGCUACCUCUACUUUACAUGAUACAAGAUUGCUACUUGAAAGAUAUUCAGACCAGAUGAAGGCCGACAUAGAUACUUCAUUAUAAUUGUGCUUACUUGUAACAUUUAUGGCUUUUUUAUUUGCCAAGUGAUAAAACUGAUAUUGUCUCAUACUGAAACAGAAAUAGGUUGAAGUAAUGAGGUAUACCUAAUCAUGAGCCUCAAUUUCCUUUUUUGUCAGUGUCUGUAGGAAAAGAAACAAACACAACCGUAAAGAGUACAAGUAGCGUAUCAACUACAAGUUCUGCAUCAGCCAUUGUGUCAACACCCAAAUCAACCUUAAGUUUUGAUGAGUUUAAGAAAAGGAAAAGGUUAUCUCGAAUGAACCAAAUGCAUUCAGAAAAAAAGAAAAAACACAAGAGGUGGCAACAGUUCAAGUUGGUGUUGUUGAGGAUGAAGAGGGAAGGCUGAAGCGUCUAAAGGGAAGGACCCUACCAUUACUAAUUCGGACCAGUUGUAAUGCAGACGACUUGAUUAAUGCAGCAUUAGAGAAACAUUCAAAACAUUUUAAACAGUUCAACAAACAUGAUAAGUAUGUUAUUUUAUAUGCUGACCACUCCGUUGUCAAGACAUUGCCAGGAAGCAUUAAGGAUUUUAUUCUUCACGACUACAAAAAGGAUUUGGGAAAAGUGUAUUCCAAAAUCUAUUUCUAUCUCUGCAGUAAGACUGAUUUUGAGAUGGUUGCAGAUUUUGCUGACGAAGAGACUGAUGGUGAUGAUGAACUUGUGCCCCAACUGGAAAUGAAGGAUAACGCUAUUGAAAUUAUUGAUGAUGAUAAGCAUGAGAAGAAAACACCAGAAGCUGUGUGUCCCUCUUGCUUUAGGAAAUUUCCAAUUGAUCUUAUCGAGACUCAUGCAAAUGUUUGCAUUGAUAAUCGAUUUGAUCCAAUUGGUGAUGUGUCAGAUGGUGAACUUUAUCAAGAUGAUUUUCCAGGACUAUGCUUUGAUGGCAAUGAGGAAGCUAAGAGCAUGUCUUCUGAUGAUCAAAUGAAAAAGAUGAAAGAUCUGAUCACUAAAUGUGCGACGAAUGUUCAGGAAGUUAAAAUCAGAAUAAAUGUCAGAAGAAAGGAAAUCUUUAAUGAUUACCUGGCAGUCUCUCAGAAGCCAUGGUUCAAUAAUAGACGACUAUUAAAGGUUACCUUUGUCAGUGAACCUGCCGCGGACGACGGUGGACCCCACCGCGAGUUCUUUUCAGGUUUGCAAUAUAUUUUGUUUGUCAGUUUGUGUUACUUAACCUUUUGAUUUCGAUUUGACUAAUUAACUUACGGGCGUUUGUUAUGUAUGACGUCAGCCUACGUCAAUACAGUUAGGGUUAGUAUGCGGUAAGGAUUAGGGUCAGGAUAAACAAACUGUCAACGAACGCCUGUGAUGUAGUCGACCCCUUUUCAUUAUUCAUAUGAAUCUAUUUAUUUUUUUUUAGUCCUGUGGGGCGAUUUACGUGAGUCAUUUAACAACAAUGACAAAACUUUCCAUUAACUUCUCAUUUCAAAGGAAUGUCCGUUCUAGAUGUUUUAAUGUGUUGUGCCAUAGCGUAGCCUUUGUACUCACAGUACACCUUUUUACAUUCAGACGUACUUCAAACUAUUAAACAUGAAAUGUUUGAAAAUGGUCUGCCAGUUCCUGAUAUGACUGCUCUUGGAUGCAAUAAGUUCACGGUCGUGGAAGAACUGAUGGCUGGUUCAAUUGUACAAGGUGGGCCAGCUCCUUGCUUCCUUUCUGAAGUUGCGUAUUUAUACUUGGCUGAAGGUGUUGCAAGCAUUACCAAUGAGAAGUGGUAUCCUUACAUGAAGGAUAAAAGCCUGUUAGGAGCUAUUGACAAGGUAAGAUUAUUAGCUAGAAGACUCGAUUUAUUCACUUGCACUAAAAAGCACGUUCUGACUAGUGACUGGGAUGUAAUAUACUAUAUAUUUUCAACGACUCGCUGUUGUUUAUUUACCAAUUUCUAUUGGGAUUCAAAGAACUUCUCUUUAGUUUAGGGUUAAAUAAAUUGUUGUAGCAUAGAUAAAUGCAAUAGUUCAUUUUUUGCUUUUGUAGAUCAAACAAUUCAAAAGUGACUUAAAUUUACAAAACCUAUUGUCAGAAGAAGUGAUGAUGGACGUUCUGCAAAGUAUCCAUUUCCGAGGAGUCCCAUCCAAACAGAAGUUAUCGAAUGCUGAUAAUAUUAUAAGGUAGCAUAAUCAUCUUAUUUUACAGCGUUUCAGCUAGAGAAAUGAUCAUUUGGUUUCCACUGCGAGCGUCGGAACGCAUAACGUUCGCGUACGAAAUGUUUGAAAUUUACAUGUUUUGAACUAGGUUUUGGAACAACUUCCCUGUAUAGCUCGGACAAGAAAUAGACAAAAAUGGGUAGAGGUAUUAAAAUGAUGCAUUAAAUUGACUUCUUAAUUUCUUUUAGGGCAAUUGUUAUGUUUGAUUUUGCGAAGUAUUUACCGAUGUUAGAUCAACUUAUUGUUGGGUUAAACUCCUUUGAUGUGAUGGAUGCUGUGAAAGAAAACCAAUUUUUGUGGAAAAGUAUGCUGCCAGGUUCUUACCAACUGCUAACACGUUGUUAGAUGAAAUCAUCCCUGAUUUCAGUGAAGAUAGCAGCAACCUCAAGAUUAAAGAGGUUGACACCUUCAAAUUCUUUUGUGACCUUUUACAAGACUGCGAGUGCGAUUCAUCGCAAGGUAUGCAUGUACAUACUACAGCCAGUAUAUAAAAUUCGAAUAAACUUUUAAACCAAUAAACUUUUAUAACUAAACUUUUUCAUGUACAAAAAAUGAUUUCCAAAAAUGACCUUGACUAAAUAUACUAAGGUAAACUACAAACGUGUUUUGUGCAUUUUCUUGACGUGUGAAAAGAUGUAUUCUGAGGUGUUAAGUCCUCAGAAUAUAAAUAUAUUAAGCCAUUGGCAUUGCAUGAAUAAGUUAACGUAAUAAGUGAUACGCUCAAUGUACUGUAGCCUAUUUCAAUCCGAAUAUAUAUUGAACGAUCAUUUUUCCUUUACAGAAAGCAAUGGUAACACGCUAAGUGUUUUACAUAAGUUCAUUACUGGAAGUGAACAAGCAUGGUUGCCAGGAACGGUGCAGGUGUCGACCUACAGCGUCAACAUGUGAUCUCAGUAUAACUUUGCCAGUGCACUACCACAAUGAUUAUAACCUUUUCAAGGAAUCAAUAGAUUCAGCUCUUAUUGAAGGAAAGAAACUUUGUGAAGAACGUGUGCCAGGAAAGAAACUUUGUAAAAUUGUUUAUUUUAGUUUCGAAAACAAUUUAGGGUACAAGAGGUAGUGACUUAAAAGGUAUCGUAAAUAUUCACAUUAAUUUCUUGUUGCACGCUUGGGUAAAAUCUGUACUUAUGCAGUCAAGCCACACAUAAAGUAACCGAUAUGGCGAUAGCUUGAAGUAGUAGUUCUUAUGCUUGCUCUUAUAUUCUAUCAUAGGAGUUGUUAUUGGCUGCAAAUUUUAAACCAGCGACAGCAUCUAAGUUUAUAAAAAAUGUUGGCUAUAGAGUAUGGUAAAUAAAUGCUAUUAAAUAAGAAUUAUUAAAGCAUGAUAAUAUUCCUGCCGACAUGAUAUAUUUCCUUUUAGUAUCUGCUUAUAAGGACCGGAUGCCAUUUCCCAAUCGAGCAGAGGACUGGGUCUAGUUGAUGUUUGAAGACGUUUGGAGGGACAAGAAGUUAUAGUGAGCGAGCUAAAUAUAUAUUAAAAGAUGCCUUAUUAUAAUUGUUGCAUCAGCACAAAUAAUGUCUGCACAAAUAACUUUAGGAAUGUAGGAAAACUUCCUAGAUGCCAUAUUCGGCAUAUUGUUUUUUUGUCCCUCCAAACCACCCGAUUAGCACCUCAUUACACGUAUACUAAAAGGUUUUCAUUAUCUCUCAUUACACGUAUAUAAGUGUCAAUAAAAGAUCUGCUGUACCUGCUGGCGCGCCUGCCUCCAGAGCAGCCUGGAUCGACUGGAAUCGACCGCGAAAAUUGUAAAAACGCGCUCAAAUCUCGCCUCCAUAUUUGACUAAUUGACUGUUCGUAUUAAACCACUGAAUUAUUCAUAAUGGACUUGGAAAGAUUGGAAAUAUCAGAUGCACAAAAACAAAUUCUUGUCAAUUAUUAUGACAGAGGAAUGAACUCAACCAAGAAAGGUUUGGCUGAGCUGCAUAUUGAAUGUGCUAGUGCUGUUGGCUUUUCAGUAAACCAAGUAAAAGUAAGUUAUAUAAAAUAUAUAUUACACGACAAAUAUUUGCAGGUUUUAUUAUUUAUGUACACUGUUCAAUAAUAUAUUUCGCAAAAUCGUAAAGGCUAGCUGGCCAUUCAUUUCAGCAAACAACCAAACAUCUGAAACAUCGGGGCAGGCUGGUCUGGGUUUCCAUUGCACAGAUUGCAGUUUUAAUAUAUUUGAUAGGCUGUUUGCCAUUCACAAAUCAUUCAAAUUGAUUAAUAAUACAUAUAAAUCUUUUGAAGAUGUUUUUUUUUAAUUUGGUGUAAAUUAUUCUUUAAGUUAAUAGAAGCACUUUGUGUUAAACGUUGCCUUGAAUAUAAACCAAUGUCGUCAAUGUGGUAGACAAAAAUGCCUAGCUAUUUAAUAUAAUAGCUAGGCAUUUUUCUCUACCACAUUGUUGACAAUUUCAGAUGCCUAGGUAAUUUCUGGAAUCAUUGGGAUAAUAGACCUUACUGAUUAUUCUCUUUUACCCAAUGGCCUCAUUUCCAUGUUAACUUAUUUUAGCAUGUCAGGGGCAGAUAAAGAUUAUAUAUUCCCGUGUUUUCCUGGAUGAAUUUGUUUCCUGCUGUUCUUAGACUCAAUAACAAAGUAAUUUUCAACCCUACUAAAAAGCAAUUUUCAACCCUACUUUUAAGCACAAAACAUGAGUAAAUAUUUGAUAUGAAAACGAGACCAUUGGGUAAAAGAGAAUAAUCGAUAAGGUCUAUUGUUCCAGGAUGACAUUUUGUUGUAAAAAACUUUUGGACAGCAAUGCCGAAACAGAAUAUGAAACAGGGGCCUCAAAUUUUCAAAUUUAUUGCAGAGACAAGUGCAGGGCCCCCAGGAUCCCCUGCUCCGGCAUCCCUGUAGUGCAAGGCUCGAAAUAGCGGGCUGCCAAUGGCCAAAAGCAGGCCAUAUUUUAGAAAUUACAGGCAGAAAAUAAUUUCAACUGCCAAAGUAAAAAAAAUGGCAGGUGAAAUUGUAUAGAAUCAAUUUCAUUUUAUUUGCUUACCACAACUCGUAUAUACUAGAUCAUUAAGUUGACUAAAUACUGUAUGUUUAUAUUUGAAUUGUAAAUCUGAGUUUACUGUAGUAAAAUAGACAAGUUUAAAAAUAAUAAAAAUGCAUAUUAUGAAAACAUUGAUUUUUACAAUAUGACUUAUAUGAGACAUUGCCAUUUUUGCAGUUCAAUAAAAAAAAAUGGCAGACUAAAAUUUAUUUCAUCUGCCAAAAAUGGCAAGCCAUAUAUACCUGUAGUGUAUUUUUUCUCUACUCCGAGCUAGCCUUGCUGUAGUGUGUAUUUUUAUAGUAAUGCAAUAUACAGUUAAAACUAUGGUUAAAAUUUUCCCUAUUUAUGCGAUUAAGUGGACUACUGUAUAUACAGAGUUAGUAUGCUCUUGGAUUGGGGGUGCACCGGGAAGAAUUUUUAAAGUUCUGGCAGGAAUUGGAAAAGUUACGGCCGGAACUGGAACUGAUUUAUUGACCCAUGUAUAGUCAUAUGUUACUUUGUCUGCUAGCUGCCAGAGAGGUAGACACUUCAAGUCAUCAAGGAGAGAGCUUGCAAAUGUUAGAAUAAAAUAUUGACAAAUGAAGUGUUAAUAGUGUACAUUGUCCUUGUGUAGUCCAAAUUUCUUCCUAGUGUGAAGUCCGGAACUAACCAAGUUGAAUCCAGUACCCCUAUCUUGGAUCUGGCUAAUGUUGGCUAAAUUUAUUAACAAUUAAUUUUGUUUUUUCUUUAGGCUUGCAUGACUAUUUAAUAACCACACAGCCUAAUGUUGGUUAAGUUGGUUAAAUUAAUUGAGACAAGUUGACCAGUUUUCAUAAUAAAACUGUAAUACCCUUUAAGUGGCAAUUCAUCCAGAUCCGCCCUACUUUAUUAUUUUACGCUGUUUAUAACACCAGAUUAUUUUACUCGGUCUAUAACGCCAGACAAUCUUACUUGUCAGGGGCAGAGUGUUACCACUGAAUGGGUUAAUCAGACUAUUGGCCCAUACAUGGUUAAUCCUACUAUCGGUUAAUCCUUUAAGGGGCAAUGCCAUUGGCCCUACUUUAUCAUUUUACUCUGUCUAAUGCCAGACCAUUUUACUCAUCAGGGAGAGAGUGCUGCCACUCAAUGGGUAAUGUCAUAUCAAUUAUAGUUUAUGACAUAAUGUACAUGUACAGUUAGUACAGUACAUGCACCUUGCCAAACAUUUUUGUGUUCAAUAUUUUAUGCCAUUAUAACUUCUUUGUUUUAGAACUGGAUAAGUAAUUAUAAAGCAAGCAGACGAUUAUCUGCUGAACCCAGACAAAAUGCUGCUAAGGCUAGUUUACUUCGAAAGAGAAGUGGCUAUAACGUUUUUGCCAAGGAACAACUGACCGAAGGUAUAUCCACUGAAGGAUUAAUGUUCUGUAAUACAACAAAUAAGUUAGAACUGUUGGAAAAACUGUAGGCAUUUUAAUUAAUAGGCAUUUUCUAUUUGUCUACAUUACAUUACAUUAUAAACAUUAAUCACAUUUAAUAGAAACUGCAUCCUGCAAUUAUUACAGAAAUGAUUUUAUGUAGCAUUGAUACAUGUACCCAUUAAUUCCAUUUAAUAUAGUCUUCCCCUUUGAGCUGGUUGCUUGAAAGCUAGUUAGCUUAAUCCUUGGUUUUUUUUUCAAUUGUUUUUACAGAUGUGUAUUUUUUUCCCAGAAACCUUGAAUGAAUUAAGUUUUAUUUUCUAAAUAGAUCUCAAUUAUAUUUUUAAAUUUUUGAAAUAAACAGAUACUGUACAUUCAGUGGCUGGUUGUUUCAUAGGCAUAGCAGAAUUAGCACUAACCUAGGGUUAAGAUUUAAACCACUAGUUAGCUAUUUGGUUUAUACAUUUUUGCACGUUAAAUAUUUCCAAACUUUAGAAAAUAAUAGUAAAUAGAAAAUAAUUCAUUGAGAGCAGCUCUAAGAUAUUUACCUGACAGUUUGGAGAUACAGUUGAACCGUAUUAAGCGGUCACCCUUUGUUAAGCGGUCAUGUGGCAAAGUCCCGAAACUUUCAUUAUAUAAAUACUAUUUAAGUGACCUUUAUUGAACAGUCACUUCUAUUAAGUGGACCUUUUCCACAGUCCCAAGCUUAAUUUUCCAUUGUUUUGAAACUUUUUUAAACUGUCAGUGCGAAGUAACUACAGCAAACAUAAUACAAUAUACAAUUAAUUUUUAUUCAGCAACAUGUCAAAGUCUUUAAGUUUUGUUUAUCUCAUUACUCAAGCGUUCGUAAGCACUGAAAGUGUCAACAGUAUUUUCAGUUCAAGCAAUUUAAACCAUGUGGUGAUUUUCGACAAGUCUAAGACCUGUAUUAAGCGGUCAACCUGUAUUAAGCGGUCAACCUGUAUUAAGCGAUCACCUGCAAAAGCCCAGAGAGUGACCCCUUCAUACAGGUUCGACUGUAUUUACCCAACUGUUAUAACCGUAAUGCCCCUCAUUGCACGGUAUAACACCAUUACUAGGGGUGCACCGGAACAAGUUUUUUAAGUUCCAGCCGGAACCGGAUCCGACCGGAACUGGAAAAAAGUUCCCGCCGGAACCGGAGCUAAUUUAUUAAGCCAUAUAUAGUCAUAUGUUACUUUGUCCGCUGCCAGACAGGCAGACACUUCAAGUCAUCAAGGAGAGAGCUCGCAAAUGUUAGAAUAAAAAGAUUGACAAACGUUAAAUGUCACAAUGAAGUGUUAAUAGUGUACAUUUCCCUUGCGUAGUCCAAAUUUCUUCCUACUGUGACCUUUUGUUAGACACACAAACGUUUGAUAUUCUAUCUCUCUGAAAACGACAGAGUUCCGGUUCCGGCCAUGCUUUUUUUAUUAGUUCCGGCCGGAACCGGAACUCUAAAAUAUCGGGGUUCUGGCCGGAACUAACCGGCACCGUGCGCCCCUAACCGUGCACCCCUAACUAUUACACCAAUGUGCAUGUUAAUGGGUUAAUAAGUAUACACACUGUACAAAGUUAGUGUUAUUGUAAAGCUUGUAAUUGCUGGAAAAAGUCUGAUAAUCUUUUUGCAAGUUCUGUGAUACACAUGCAUACUGUAGUAUAAGCUUAGCAUCAUACAGAAAUAUUCAUGGAUGUUUGGUUGAGAUAAAUGUUGUAUUUUUAUACUUUGACAAACAGUGACACAUUUAUUUAAUAUGCUAUUUAAUUUAUAUCUGUAUUAUGUAAAUGUAGGAGAUUCCGCCCUCAAGAAACAAAAGUUCUCUGAACUAGGUACGAGGUGGAAGGACCUGACAGAUAGCCAAAAGGAAGAUUAUAGAGAAAAAGCUCGGAAUUUGAAAGAUUCAGUCCAAGGCUUAACUGAUAGUCAGAGGAGUAAAAGAAUUGUUAAAAACAUAAUGAAAGAGGUGAUUACGCAGUAUUAAUAUAAUUACGUAGGUGAUUAUUGAAAAUUCUUUGCUGUUGAGGUGAUUAUAACGCGAUUAUUCACCUCAGGCUCGGUGAUUAUCGUGAAUAAAAACCUCGACUUUGUCUCGGUUUUUAUUCACCGAUAAUCACCUCGCUUUUGGCGAAUAAUUGUUAAAUAUACGAAUUUAUCAUACACCAUUUUACACACAUUUGUAAUACACUCUUUCGAUAAUUAGUUACGGUAUGAAUACUCUUUUGGCCCGGGAGUCUCGCUUUGUACAAGUAAUGUACUAGUAAGUUAUACUAAAACAAUUAAACCAAUCGACCUCUUUGUGCAACCAUUCUUAGUUGAUUAAAUUGAAUAAAAUAUAAUUUAUUACUGUAAAACUGAUAAUCAAUAUUAAUCAUGACCUGCCCACCCUCCUUUCCAUAUCAUGGAUGGCAUAAGUUUAAAUGCUGUAAAAGGGUAAAUUAAAUAGAUUUGAUAGAAGUUUUUAAUUUCGAUCAAAUUUAUUAAUUUGGCAAUCAAUUCUGACUGUAAUAAGUUUCAGUAGUAUAUAAGCAUGAUCCAAUUUACAGGCGAACCUUCUGGACCUUGGGGAGACCUUAUGGACCUUAAAAAUCAUCAACACAAGGCAUCCACCAACUGGUACCAUUCAUUUUAUAUCACUUUUCAAAAUUGGAUAACAUUGGCGGAGCGACUUAAGCUGCUAGGGGUUUAGUAUUUAUUAGUAAGUGUGAAUUUUCCAUGCAAGUUGGAUGGGUAAAGCCUACACUAUAUAAAGUAUUGUAAAAGUAUUGUGAAAUAUACUGUACCAUCAACAUGAUCGUUUACCAAAUUCACAAUCAUGUGAUUUAACGAAAAUUUGGAACAUUACAGUGGUUGCGUCGUGGAUUUACUAAUUGAAAUUUGUUCCCAACACGUAGGUUGCAGAACUUGAUAACAUCAAUGGAGCGGAAUGCUUGGUUGUCUGUCUUGACGGUGAAAGUAUUAACCAUGCCGCAACAAGAUUGGGCCUGAAAUUUCUGGAAGAAUAUCCUAAUACCGUUACGGACUUCGCAAAUAUCAUCUAAAAUGGUAAAAAUCACUUUAUUUCAACAGGGUAGCUCAUUCAGUAUAAUUGCUGGUAUCCCAUAGGGGUCCUGCAUGUAAUAAUAGUUACAAAACUAAUUAAAUCUGAUUUACGUAUCAACCUAUUACAUUACGAUAUUAUAUAAGUAAUUUAAACACAUCAAAACUAUAUAGUAUGACUAUGUCUAACAAUAUCAAAAACUAUGAUAUUAGUCUAAAAGGAAUGUUUCUGGAUCAGAUACUUAAAAUUGGACAAAGUAGUGACGUUCUUUAUUAUAUUUGGAAGCGUGUUAUAAAGUAACGUUCCAGAAAAUGUGAAUGUUCUUUUGCCUUGAGUGAGCUUUGGUUUCGGAAGAUGCAGAUCGUUCUUCCUCUUAGUGUUAUACGAGUGGAUACUAUGAUUCCUCACAAAAUAGUCACUCAGAUACACGGUAACGAGAUAAUUUAGACAUUUAAAAACUAAAAUGCAUUUAUGCACAUUUCUGCGAGUAUGUUUUUAGAACUAUACUGCUGUAGUAUUAUCCUCGCUGCACGAUUUUGAAGUCUUUGAAGAUCUUAACAGCAUCCAACAGACAACUCUGAUAAAAUAAUAUCCACGUAGUGAAAAACUGGCAAGUACCAAAGAGUUGUACACUCUCUGAUGCCUCAAGUGUCAAGCAUGAGUGUAUUCGUGAUAGUAGACCCAAUCUCUUAAAGCAAGUUUGUUACAAACCACUUCCGUAUGUUCUUACCAUGUUAGAUUUUCAUCAAGCAUUACUCCCAAAAUAACUAAAUUUAGGAACUCUUUCGAUCUCAUUACCAUUGAUUUCGACGUUAACGCCUGAAACAUUAAGUAUUGGUUUCGUCCCAAAAAGCACUAGUUUCGUUUUACGUUCAUUUAGGACAAGCCUGCUAUUUUCCAUCCACUGUGCUACUCUGUUUAGAUCUUCUUGUAGGAUCCUCAUAAUUUCGUUGGUGUUUGGUCCUUUGUUCAAGAAUUUUGCCCCUGCGACCGGUUGUUCAAAGCAGGUUUAGUGCUAACACUUAAAAUUUAACCCUGCACUGUUUUGGUUUACGUGUUUCUGUGUUAUUGUUGUAGUUGUGUUUGUUUUCCUGGAGUAUAGAAUAAUAGUAAGGCAAAGCUUUCGUUUAAAACGUAGUACUUACUUUUACAUAUUUCAGCCAUCCUUAAUAACAAGAAAAAUGUGAGCGACCAAAUGAUUCGGACUAUAUUUAACAAAAAGUAUAGUAAGUAUAUUUUCGUAUUUCCUCCCAAGUUUCAAACGUUUUCAUAUUGUUCUCCGUUUAUUAGGCGAUUGAGAAUAAUAGCUUAAUUGCCUCAAGCAAUACGAAUACGAAUACGCUACGAAAAUAGACUAGUGCAUGCAUGUGGACGUGCCCUAAAGUACAUACUUAAAUGGACUAAGAAUUAUACUAAGCAUGUCGCACAUGUCUGCUGUGAAUUUAAUCUGAUGGAGUAUAUUAUGCGUUUGUUUAAGAAUACAUAAUAUAAGAGUAUAUUGCUUUCUAGGUACAUUAGUUGGCAAGUCUUCACCUUUGCCGUAUUCGAAGGUUCAAUCUCUCGGGCUAAAGUUCGAUGGUUUGCCGUCUGAGCUUGUCGACGAAUUGGGUUGUUAUCCAAAACAGCCAAACCAUUACGGAACACAACAAAAAAGAAAGUUGUGGGAGAGAAGAGAAUCGUUCUCUUUCACUUUGGAGUCGCGCUGCUUGGAAACAAAUGCUAGCAACAUGGCGUCAUCUCCAAUAUCUUCAGAUAUUUCAUCAACUGCUGACCCACUUUUGCCUCCAUCGACAUUACAAGGACACCACAAAACUGCAUGUAUGCAUGAGGACGCGAUAUCUGUCACCCAAGCCGCACUUUCCCCCAGCCUAGAAGAACCAAGUUCAGGAGAGUCAAGCAUGUCUUCGCAAUUACAGCAUCAGGGGCAUUCCUUUGUCGCUGCAAUUAGCCAAUCUGCAACGCCCCCACCCAUUCAGUCGAAAAAUGCCGGCCAACAACUAACUUUUUCUGAAAUCAUUGACGAAAAGAUUUGUUUAGCUGCUUCAAAUGGACUUUCACUACAAUUUAAAGAAGGUAUGAUUUAUAUACCGCUUUUAAAUUUCAAUUGUGGCACCAAUAUGACCAACGCAAUGUCAGAAGAAUACCAUCUAAAGGGUGUACAAAAAACACGAAACUGUCAAGCUAUUGUUGUUACGCAUACGAUUUCCUGGGAAAUUGAACUACAAGAAUUUUGCUCCUGCGACCUUGUUCAAAGCAGUCUAUAACCCACUUAAAAUUUAACCUACUGUUUUGGUUUACGUAUUUCUGUACGUAUAUUUUCAAAAGUUCAGAAAAUAAAACUUCAUUUGAUGCCGAAAGGAUUUCUGGGAAAAUAUGUGUCCUCGUUUGCCGCCGCAUGCAGAGGACCAUAUCAAAAUAACUUUUGCAGUGUCUGCUAUAAUUGCAUACGUCAGAAUACGAAUCAAUCAUGACAAAUAGCAUAAUUAUCUUAACGUAUAUAUUUUUAGUAGUAAUAUACGAAUUUUUACCUGCAGGUACAGUUUUUGGGCUCAUGGACGAGCGAAACACGGAUCAAUUGCACAUGGAAACCUUGUAGUUGAAGUUGUCAGCAAGAAAGAUGAUUGUUCAAUAAAACCGCCGGUACUAGGUCCAUAUGAUAACGAAGAGCCGGUAGAAAUUGGAGGGUUUUAUCUAUGGCCAAUAUCAAAGCUAUCUUUUCUUGACAAAACCGGAAUUCAAGUUGGAAUUAACAAGUGA